AUGGAAAUUCCCAUAAUGGUUACUUCCCACAAUUCAGCUAAUAAUGUCAGUGUAAACGACAGCCGUCGCUCUGUAACUUACCAUCCCAACAUAUGGGGAGAUUUCUUUCUUUCGUAUGCUUCACAACAUAAGGACAUCUCCAUUGCUGAAAUGGAAGAACACGCUAUUUGGCUAACACACGCAAGACAAAUGGAAGAGAUUAGGGAAUUGGUCCUUCACAAUGAUGAAGAUGAUCUAACCCUAAAACUAGAACUCAUUGAUUCGAUCAAACGGCUUGGAGUGGGCUACCAUUUCGAAAAGGAAAUCCGCAAAACCUUACGAUGGAUUCAUGACGCCUAUAGCGCCAACGACAACGAUCUUCGAUUUGUUGCUCUUCGCUUUCGUCUGCUCCGAGAACAAGGUUUUCACGUUCCAUGCGAUGUUUUUUGCAAAUUCUUAGAUGAAAAAGGAAAUUUCAAGGAAUCGAUACCAAACAAUGUUGAAGGGCUGUUGGAAUUAUACGAGGCAUCAAACUAUGGAGUGCAUGGAGAGGAAAUUCUUGACAAAGCAUUAGAAUUUUCCUCUUCUAAUCUCCAUUCUUUAAUAAUGAACAUGAGUAAUAACACUCUUUCUACACGAGUUAGGGAAGCACUAAAGAUCCCAAUUUCAAAGACUCUAAACAGAUUGGGAGCAAGAAAGUUCAUUUCUAUGUACGACGACUCAUGCAAUGAAAAGCUACUUGAUUUUGCGAUAUCGGACUUCAAUCUUGUGCAGACGCUACACCAGAAAGAGCUAAGUCAUGUUACAAGAUGGUGGAAGGAAUUGGACUUUGCAAAUAAACUUCCCUUUGCUAGAGAUAGACUUGUGGAAUGCUAUUUUUGGAUUGUGGGUGUUUACUUUGAGCCAUGCUAUGCAAUUGCGAGAAAGCUACUAACCAAAGUCAUUUAUAUGGCUUCUUUCCUUGACGACAUUUACGAUGUCUAUGGAACGUUAGACGAACUCACGCUUUUCACUAGCAUUCUCCGAAGGUGGGACAUGGAUGGCAUUGAUGAAUUGCCACCAUGCAUGAGGAUAUACUACAAAGCCCUAUGCGAUGUAUAUGUUGAAAUGGAAAACGAAAUGGGAAAGCUAGGCAAAUCAUAUGCAGUCGAAUAUGGAAAAGCUGAGAUGAUUAGGUUGGCGGAGGUGUACCUUAAAGAGGCGGAGUGGUCUUUCAGCAAGCACAAGCCUACAAUGGAGGAAUAUACAAAAGUGGCACUUUUGUCUUCAGGAUAUGUGAUGAUGUCAAUAAAUUCAUUACUUGUGAUUGAUGAUCCAAUUAGCAAGGAGGAGUUUGAUUGGGUUUUGAGUGAACCACCUAUUCUUAAAUCAUCUUUACUCAUUACUAGGCUAAUGGAUGACCUUGCAGGAUAUGGGUUUGAAAAAAAGCUGUCAGCAAUUCAUUACUACAUGCAUGAAAAUGGUGUGGCAGAGAAAGAAGCUUUUGCAGAGCUGCGCAAACAAGUGAAGAAUGCAUGGAAGGUUCUAAACAAGGAACUUCUUCACCCAACAGAAGCUUCCAUUCCUAUCCUUAAAUGUGUUGCCAACUUCACUCGUGUCAUAUUCUUGCUAUACACAGAUGAAGAUGCAUAUGUUAAUUCCAAAGCUAAGACCAAAGACAUGAUCAAGUCUGUGCUCGUCGACCCCGUCACCAAUUUUAGCACUUUGAAAAACCCCAAUAAUUCAGUGCUGGAUUCAGCUGCAAACAACAUCUUCAACUGUAGCAUGUAG